UUCGUGGUUGAUAUCGUUCAUAAGAUUAGCCUAGUCAUAUACCAUGAGUGUGAGGAAGACAUCUAGUUUAUUCUUCUGUAAACAUAAAAAAUUACUGGGUGGCUGAAAUGCCCUUUGAAUACUUCAAGGACGGCCGGGCUCCACGCUGGCACACACACCCUCUCAAGAGAAACCGCCAGCCUCCUGGCGAACCUCUACCCAUGGUAACCCGGGAGGAGUGGAUGGCCCAUAGGACCUACGUCCGGGAGGAUGACGACGUCCGGGUGUUCAAGGGCCCGGUUGGGACGGUCCGGAAGACAUAUACAGAUACAUGGGAAUGCGAGAACCCGGCAGAGUGUAAAAGACUGGUGUACGAACUGCAGGCUAUGCAUUUGACCAAGUACAGCUUUGAUAUUAUGUGGAAUUUCAUGGUCGCCCCUGAUGGAUCCAUCUACGAGGGCCGAGGCUGGAAGUACGACGCUGAAAGACCAGAGAAGUAUCGUCCCUUGAAUGGAGACUGUGUGGACAUUGCCUACAUAGGCAACUACAUUGCCAAGCCUGUUCCAGACGUUAUGAAGGAGGCCAUGGACAGACUGGUGGAUUGGGGAGUGGCCAAUGGGAAGAUCCACUGUUGCCAUGACGUCAUUCCUCAUACCGACCCCCUGUUUCCCUUACCCAAGCACUAUGACGAGGAGCACAAGUUUUGGGACCCCAAUCAGCCCAUGCCUAAGGAAAUCACUAGUAUAGAGGAGUUAUUGAAGGAAAUGAAUUAAAUAGUUAUAACUUAAGAUAUUUUUUUAGCUAUGGAGGUUCAUUAUUGAAGGCUAUUUUUGGUUUUUACGACUCGCAAGAAGGUGAAAAUUAAAUAAAGGUAUUUCCAUGAAAUAGACUGAAUAGAAAAACUUCAGACUGGGGGAAUACUGCUGCGUAGUGGGUUUUAAGGACAUGAUGCUAUUUGAAUUAGAGUUACAGUUUAGGAUUAAGUUUUUGAACAUAUAGGUUGGUACGAUUUGGUGUAUGAAAUCAACCACAAACGGUGAAACUAGACUAAGUGUUAUUUUUAGACUUGUCUCCGAAACAAAUUCUAUAAACUCCAAUGUAAGUUGGUCACUGAGAUUAGUGGGUUAAAUGAUAGUUUUACAGCUAUGUUCAAUCGGAAUUUUUGUAUACAUGUGUAAGAAAAUGUUAUUACUUAAAUACUACCUUUAAGACUUAACACUUUUAACCGUAUAUUGAGGUUUUAAGGCUACUCUGCUAAAAUUAGUAAGCCAAAAGGGGAAUGGAUUUAUAUCUAAAACGGUUUAUUGGUACCUAUCUAAAAAAAAAAAACAAAGACCCAUUUUCAUUUACUCACCUAUCAACAUGUCAGCCCUUAAAACAAAGAAAUAUAAAAACCUCGAU